AAUAUCAAAGACGGCUUUCAAGUCGUCUUGCUAUUGUCAUGUUUCGUGGGACACCCUGCAUCUUUGUUAAUCGGUCGUGCCAAUCUAAAUAGUCAUUUAAAAUUACGUCUAUGGUCUCUUUUUAAGUGUCAUUUUCUACUUAUUUGGAUUUAAACAGAUAUCCGACAUUUUCUUGCUUAUCCAACAAAAGCAUUUUGGAAAAUACGCAAGAUUAAACGGUUAGGAGUUCGGUAAAUUUAUAGUUUGAAAAGAAAGAUUUGAAACCUCAACAAAUUUUCAGAUGAAAUGGUUGUUUGCAGACAGUUCGGACUAAAUAUUCUAAACAAGUCGACUAUAAGACAUUUUGACUACAGCACUUGUUCAAAUAUUCUUGAAUCAAAGUUGUUAAGAACAAAACAUUUGUUAAAAUAUAACAAACUUUCUAGUGACAUUGCUUCACAAGAUUCAAAACAAAACUUAAAACAAACUGAUAUUCAAAGAUUAAAAAGUAAAAGUAGUGUUUACAUUCAUUGGCCGUACUGUAGAAGGAAAUGUACGUACUGCAACUUUAACAAGUAUGUAGCGAAGAAGGUUGACAAUGAGAGUAUGAUCGCCAGUAUCCUGCAGGAGUGGGAGACAGUUUCCCGUGAGACCGGAGUAAAUCAACCAACUUCAAUAUUCUUCGGAGGAGGAACUCCUAGUCUUAUGCAACAUAAAGAUAUAAGACAAAUAAUUAGUCACAUCUCAGGAGGCUCUGAUAUUGAAAUAUCGUUGGAGGCCAAUCCUUCCGAUAUCCUUGAAACUGCACUGGAGUUCAAACAGGCCGGAGUAAACCGUCUUUCUCUUGGUAUUCAAUCCUUCCAGGACACAACCUUACAGUUCUUUAACCGGGAUCAUGAUGCGGAGACGGGACAGAGAAGUUUAGAAACCUGCUUGAAUGUCUUUGGCUCUAGGAGAGUAUCUGGGGAUCUUAUAUUCGGAGUUCCGGGGCAGACGGUUCAGGAUUGGUUACAGGAACUCCGGGUACUGGUUAGCUUAGGAGUUCAUCAUAUCUCUACCUAUCAGCUGACCGUUGAGCGAGGAACUCUGCUGCAUAAGCAGGUUAAAACAGGUUCCGCUCGACUACCUGGAGAAGAAGAGCUGGCUGACCUAUACCUAGCUGGGGUUCAGCUCCUCACCUCCGAGGGGUUUAACCGGUACGAGGUGAGCAGCUUUGCCAAGGAGGGAGCAGAGUGUUCACACAAUAUCUCGUACUGGAGAGGACACCAGUAUAUAGGACUAGGCCCUGGUGCCCAUAGCAGGGUUGGGUUCGGAGCAGAGAGAGAAGCGCGGAUAAACGUACUUGCUCCGGGUCGGUGGAUGAACCAAGUUGAGAGCACCGGAGACGGGAUAGUUCAGCGGAGAAAACUUGAUCUCCUGGAGUGUCUGGGGGAACUCAUAACUACAGGUCUACGGAGAAGUGUCGGGAUCAAUGGGAACGAUUGGAACACUCUUUCUCAGAACCUUCUUCCGUUCCAGGAUCUUAUAUCGGAGUUGAACCGAGUACAAGAAGACAAGGAGCGGAGCGGAGAACUGGAGGGGCUAGCCUGGAGCCAGGACGGGGUUUGGUUGGAUAACUCGGCUCUUAAUAUCGCGGAUCAUAUUAUUCCUAAUCUAUAUUACGUACUUCAAGAUCUGAUCAAAUUUCAGUAAAUAAAAUUUAAACAUAAUUUUA